AUGAAACUCCAUUCCCUUAUUUCUGUUCUCCUCCUCUUUGUGACUUUAAUACCAAAAGGAAAGACUGGCGUUAUUCCAGGACAGAAACAGUGUAUUGUUUUGAAAGGGGUGUGCAGAGACCACGGAUGCAGCACACUAGAUGACACCAUUGGUGUAUGUAGCGACGAGAAAAAAUGCUGUAGAAGGUGGUGGAUACUUGAGCCCUAUCCAACUCCGGUUCCCAAAGGAAAAUCUCCUUAG